AUGCGUGUGGAACUGCUGUUAGAGCUGUCAGGCCUAACACGGCAGGAGUCUUUGGUGAUCAAGGAGGAUGAAGAGUAUGAUGAGGAGGAGUACCCGGAGGAGGAUUCCUAUUCCUAUUACCCUGAGGCCUAUCCGGCUAUGGGAGGCCACGAUGAUGACAAUGAUCCCGACCAGGAUCCUGAUGAGGACCUGGAUGAGGAGUUUGAGGACUACGAGUUAGACGAGUCCGAAGCUACUGCCCUCAAUGCCAUGGAAGAGCUGGAAGACUCAUCCGAAGGUGGACAUGCAAUCCAGCUUAUGCUGGCUGCUAACGCUGCCUUUGGCAAGGCCCGUGGCAAGAACAAGGGCAAGAGCAAGGGCAAGGGAAAAGGAAAGGGCAAGGUUGUCCGCUCCAACUUGACCCUGGAGCAGCGUCGUGACAAGCUGCGCGCCCUCAAGGCUAAGUCCAAGUGCUUACGCUGCGGCGGCACUGGACACUGGGCUGGCGAUCCUGAGUGCAAGUUUCCCACCAAUCAAGGGGGAAAGGGAGCUCCCGUGAAGCGUCAAGCUCACGCCCUGGCGACCGCGAAGGCGAAGCCUGGAUCAUCCUAUGGGAGAUCCUCAGCUUCGACCGCUGUAGCGGCGCCCCCCGGACCAAUGGAAAUGGCCGGAGGAGACAGGAAGUUCUACCUUGGACAGCACAAGGGGAAGACGUUCGAACAAGUCUCCCAUGACACUGCCUACGUCAGGUGGGCGAAGUCACAAGCGGAUCCAUCUAACCAGCUGAAGGACUUCCUGACCUGGUUCGACCGCUACUACCUGCUGACGGAUGGAGAUUCCACCGCCGAGCUGAGAGCUUCUCUAGGUAUCCCUCCCGGAACCUAUGAGCCGAGACCCAAGAAGAAGGGCCCGGCGAAGAAACCUCCAAACCCCCCUUUGGAGGAGAAGUGUCGAAACUGCAAGGACUUCACCUAUUUGGGAAGUUCAGUGCACCAUGUCCGUAUGACCUGUCGAGAUUGCGGGCAUAUGACACAGAAGAAGCGCGAAGAGACACGUACUCAUGACCCGGAGACGUGUCCCCAUACUGUCCUGGACAGACGCGGCAGUUCGAGGAGUGUCUCCCGAACCUUUUGCAGACAAUGUGGGACAUUCGUUGACGAAGUCCCCGCCGAGUUCCAGAAGCAGCGCCGCGAUGCGGCAACAAGUGUGCUGAACGCUUCGGCGGACGUCAUUGACACCGUUGGUGCAUUGACAGCGGAAGAUGCUUCGGCAGACCUGGACCCGGCUGUCGUAGAAUCGAUCAUGGGACGAUUCAACGAGAUUGUCGUUGAUGCGACUCUGAGCGGAGAGCGCAUCAACCCAGUCUCUCUCCACCGCUCACUGCGAGAGGCAGUGGUGAGCGUAAUGGAAGAGCCCCCAGGUUCACCGGACUCGUGGCAGCCGGUGGCCAUGAUGGGCCUGGUACAUUCUCGCGGCGAGAGCCCGGAAGGCCGCCAAAUUCGGAUUGAGGACGCUAGGCCCAAUUCGUCCUGGCCCGCUAUCCGCGCGUGGCCGCAGAUUGUGAGAUCAUUACUGGCUCACAAUCGGGAGCAAAUGCUCGAUAUCACCCUUGAGGCGUUACGAACCCAAGGGGCUGAUGCAGUCGACGAGGCAUUAACCCGUCGGGAGAGGCAACAGUACUACGAGUAUUUCGAGUACUUUACGCCUCGAGCAGUAAGGGUCAACGAAGCCUUUCGUGACCAUGGCGUCGACUACGACGAAUGGGUGAUCCGGAACUGGAGGCAGAAUG